AUGCAAGAGGAAAAUAGGGUUACUCUUCAUGGAAUGUGGGCUAGCCCUUAUGUGAAGAGAGUAGAACUAGCUCUCAAAGUAAAAGGAAUACCUUAUGAGUAUGUGGAAGAAGAUUUGAUGAACAAAAGUCCAUUGCUGCUCACAUACAAUCCCAUUCACAAGAAAGUACCAAUACUUGUUCAUAAUGGAAACCCAAUAUGUGAGUCCUCUGUAAUUCUUGAAUACAUUGAUGAGACAUGGAAGAAUGAGUCACCACUGUUUCCACAAGAUCCUUACCAAAAAGCUAAAGUUCGAUUCUGGGCUUCAUACAUCCACCACGUGUAUGAUUGCAUGCUGAAGGUGUUCAGAGGGGAAGAACAAGACAAAGCAUUAGAGGAAUAUUACGCGAAAUUGAGUGUGCUGGAAGAUGGAAUUAACAGCUCCUCACUGGGGAUAACAAGUAAUAUAAACAACAUAGGUAUGCUGGAUAUUAUGAUUGUUAUUACAUUAGGGGCAUACAAAGUACAAGAUGAAGUAUUUGGUUUCAAGUUAUUGGAAGCAGAGAAGACACCAUUGUUAUACUCAUGGGUCACUACUCUAAUUGAGUUACCUAUAGUUAAAGGAAUCACUCCCUCUCAUGACAAGGUGGUUUCAUUUCUUCUAUUUCUCAAAAAAUAA